AUGGAUACGCCUUGCACUGAAAUAGGAUAUUUGCGCACAGAGACUGCUGGGAAAAAGGAGUGCGUACAGGUUGAAUUUUUUCCGUAUAAUCCUCAAUGCCUUUUCAUCUUCAAUCCAUUGUCCCCAAAACUUGAUACUCUCUCAGCUCCUGUUUCUGCAAUCCUGUCCUGGUCCAUGUCCAGGAAAUUAGAGAGCUGGUUGAGGAGGGAUGGGCAGAGGCGGAGAAGCCCGCGAAUCUCAGCCCAGGAUUGCCGCCGCCGGCAAGCUACCGCCACUGCCUUCUCUUCAGACAGCCGUGUGCGGCGGCGGGUGGAGCAGAAUCCGGAGGACCACCAUCAGGAGCCACCCUCCCGGACUAGCAAGAGAACCCGCCGCCAACUGUGCAAUUCUGAAUAUGUGCAGGGCAUGAAGAGCCCAAACAAUAUCGAACAUUCAGACAAUUGUGAUAAUUCAUUGGUUGUAAAACCCAAAUCAAGUGCAGAACUCGAUGAUCAUGAUCUCUCUGCUGGCCAACCAUCAGUUAUGUCGCCCAUUCCAUUUAUGCCAGAAAAACGUGUCCUCGAGCUUAUUCUGGAUAUAUUGCAACGGUGGGUAUUGCGAGAUACAUAUGAAAUAUUUGCUGAACCAGUCGACCCGAAAGAAGUGGAGGAUUACUAUGAAAUUAUUAAAGAGCCUAUGGAUUUUGGCACCAUGAGAGCUAAACUUCAUGAAGGAAUGUAUGAAAAUUUUGAGCAAUUUGAGCAUGAUGUAUUUUUAAUACCAAAAAAUGCAAUGCACUUUAACUCCACCGGUACCAUUUAUUUCAGACAGGCUCGUGCCAUAUAUGAUCUAGCUAAGAAAGUUUUACAUUUUCUAAAAACUGAUUCUGCAAACUUUGAAUUGGAGUUCUCUGGGACAAGACGGAGAUCAGGUAGAACGCUUCAUGGAGAAGGCAAGAGUUUAAAUUUUGACCCGUGUCCCAAACUUACUACAAAUGUGAAAUCCAAUACCAUGACCACUAAUGUUUCGUCGAAAGGGACAUCUUGUUCUUUAAGUGGUCCAUCAAAUUUAAGGAGAAAUGUCCGAGCGAAGCCUGGAUCCUCUUGCACAGAUGCUUGUGUUGACACAGGUGCUAAAAAUGGAAGAAGAUCUAAUUUUAUUGAACUGGAUCGGCGUUGCACUUACAAACCAUGGAUGCCUUCGAUCAACGAAAACGAGUCUAACGAUUCAACUAAUUAUAAUGACCCCAAAUCACUUGCUCAUGUGAUCCAAUGGAACAUUGCAUACAGGAAAAGCUUGAUAUCAUUUGCUAAAGAUUUAGGACCGACAGCCCAAAUGAUCGCCAACAGGAAACUCCAAGGAUUGUGGAAAGAUGAUUCAGAUUUUCCGGUUUUGGCUUCAAACUGUUCUAGCCAUGCAGCAGCUCAUCAAAAUCCUGCUCUAUUUGCCUCUGCCGAAAAGGGUUCUGAUUCUGGUUCUGUCUUUCGAACCACAAUUGACUUGACAGACACCGAAAAUGGUGGAGAGGUUGAAACCAGUCAGAGAAUGGAUGACUACGGUGCUGUUGGGGCAAAAGUUGCCAUCAACAAUAAGGAAUUGACCAGCUGCAAGAACAUUUGUGAGCAUGAUACCGAUGAGGUUCAUCCAAACUUGUACUCUUCGACUUCUGGACCUGAAAGCUUGAAUUCCUCAGCUGUUAGGAUGAAGAAAGCCGGUAAGAGGCCUGCUGCAGCAACAACUGACUGGGCGAAAACAGAUGAUCAAGCUCACCAAUUGACUCCAUUGCCGGUGCGUCCGAGCUCAGACAAGUUUGAACUGAAGUUGAGCAAUGGCAAGAGCUCCACACAAUGUCCCUGGCUUACAGGAGGUGUAUCAAGUUUGAGUCAGGCCAAUCCAAAAUGUGGGAUGAGCAGCUUCUCCAAUGCAGCCCGCCGUGCCAAACCGAAUUGCCCCAUUGCCGGGCCUCUGACCUCGCCGGUGAGGUUCGACGACCGGCGUUUUGUCAGGUCACGGCUUAAUGACACGAACCAUUUGCGGCAAGAUGGUUACAAGAAACCCAGAUUGCAGCAGCAGCAGCAGCAAGUCUCUGUUAAUGAGGGACUGUUCUCUGGCCAAACUUGA